AUGAAAAUUGUGACCGGUCCAACAUUGAGGGCAUGGUUUCAAACUUUGAUGGGACCCAAAAGGGAGGAGAUCCAGAGCUCCAUGGAUGCCAUUUCGAAAUUGGCUCGUGACAGUGUUGCCGAAGGUGGAUCUUCUCACAACAACUUGGAGCAGCUGAUCGAAUACAUUAGAAAUUUGCAACACCAGAACUAG